UGGAUUCCAGUGCUCCUGACCACUAGACUACACGCCUACUCAACACAGUUAUAAAUGCAGAACUGACAGUGCAUGCUGUCUUGGGUACAGUUAUGUCCCUUUAUAUGCUGUACGAUUUGAAACCACCCCAGUAAAUUUAUGGCCGUGUACCAAUGCAAAAAAUCUGUAUAAUACAUUACCCACCAUAACAUAAAUUAUUCAUACGUGUACAGAUAUCUGUGUGUGUGUAUACUUAUAUGCUUACAACUUAAUAUGUGGUUGACAUGAUUACCUUAAUAAGUCAGUACCAGUAUUGUCUAACUAACACAGAAAUACUUUAAAGCAAAACAUGAAUAUCAAAUGUAGAGUAUAUUGUGAUUGUGAAGAAACCAUGUUAUUUUGACUCUGAUAAUAUAUACACUGGUAGAUAUAAUAAAAAUAUUACUUUUGUGCUGUGGAAUCUCCAUGAGUACUAAGACAAAAGACUGGUGAUACAUGCCACAAAUUGUGAUAGGUAUUACUGCUGCUAUUAUGUUUGACAUUUCACACAAUACAAAUAAAUAAAGUAUAUUAGGAAAAUAACUCUUUUAUAUUUUCUUCACUAAGAAAUAAAAUGUGUACUUAAUUAAAAAAAAAUAUUUCCAGAAUCUUACAUAUCAACAAAUACCAACAUAAAAUAUAUAACAAUGUAGUGAGAUUGAUGAUGUUAAGUAUAACUAAUAUACGUCCUGUGAUUUGAAACCUAGUCUAACAAGGAAGUGCAAAGAACACAUUUCUUCAAUUUUCUUCUAGACAAUAUAGGUGGUGCUCAAUUUCUUGAACUUCUGCAAAUUUAUGCUUGUAGGGAUAAAGUUGGCAGGAAGGUAUUCUUGGAAGUUUGGAGUGAAGUGGCGAUAGGAUUGGAUCGGUUGUUUUAUAUGAUAUCUGAAAGAGACAAUAGAAGUGAGGAUAUUGGAUGAGGGUGGAACACAACUGGUGGUUUAAAAAGAAUAAUCAAACAACAUCAACGUAAAAGAAUCAUUUACUUCAUCAAAGGUGUAUAUCUUUUAAAGGCUGAAUAGUAAUGUUUUACAGAACAGAUGUAACUCCUGCCUUUUCUUUGGCAGACUUACUGUCAAACAUUUCCUCAUGACAUUUGCUACUAGCAAAAUGUGUCCACUUCACUUUUCGGAACAAGAUGAUUUUGCAUUCUAAUUAAACUUGGACAAAUAUAACAAAGAUGUUUGCAGUAUAUUGAAAUACCAACAACAAUAAGUUGAUGGAAAUAUAGCAGUAGAGAUAUUUGUUUGGAAUAAAUUAUAAAAUAAAAAGGAAAAUAUACAUAUAUUGUGUUUAGAGAAGAAAAAUGAUGGGAAAUGAUUUAUGCAAGAACCAACUUAAAUGUGAAAAACAGUUGAAAAGGGUUGAUUUUCCUGAUGAGAUGCUGAAAGAGAUAGGAAAAUCAUCAUACCACUGUGAUAUCUGUCAAAAGUCAUUCUCUCAAAAAAGUAAUCUAACUACUCACAAACGUAUUCAUACAGGGGAAAAACCAUACUGCUGUGAUAUUUGUGGUAAAUCAUUCUGUCAGAGAUAUAGCUUAACUAGUCACAGACAUAUUCAUACUGGAGAGAAACUGCAUCAAUGUGAUAUCUGUGGUAGAUCAUUUGCUGAAGGAAGUGUCUUAACUAAACACAAACGCAUUCAUACAGGAGAAAAACCAUACAACUGUAAUAUCUGUGGUAAAUCAUUCUCUGCAAGAAGUAGCUUAACUACUCACAAAAAUAUCCACACAGGAGAGAAGCCAUAUCACUGUGAUCUGUGUAGUAAAUCAUUCUCUGCUAGAAGUAGCUUAAUUAAUCACAAAUACAUUCAUACAGGAGAGAAGCCACAUUGCUGUGAUAUCUGUGGUAAAUCAUUCUCUCGAAAUGGUGACUUAAUUAUACACAAACGCAUUCAUACAGGAGAGAAGCCAUAUCAGUGUGAUAUCUGUGGUAAAUCUUUCUCUGAAGGCAGUGUCUUAACUAAACACAGACGCAUUCAUACAGGUGAGAAACCUUAUCAUUGUGAUAUCUGUGGUAAAUCAUUCUCGCAGACAGGCCACUUAACAACUCACAUACUUAUUCAUACAAUAGAGAAGCCAUAUCAUUGUAGUAUCUGCAAUAAAUCAUUCUCUGAAAUGCGCAAAUUAAUUACUCAUGAGCGAAUUCAUACAGGAGAGAAGCCAUAUCACUGUGAUAUUUGUGGUAAAUCAUUCUCUGAAGGAACCGUCUUAAAUAAACACAAACGUAUUCAUACAGGAGAAAAACCAUAUCACUGUAAUACCUGUGGUAAAUCAUUCUCUCAGACAGGUCAUUUAAAAACUCACAAACACAUUCAUACAUGAGGGAAAGCAUACUGUCGCAAAUCAUUCUCUCAAAAGUAUCACUUGACUAUGUGUGUAAAAAUUUUGUUUCAAUUUGAUUAAAAUACCAACAACUUCAGAACAAAACAUCUCAUUAAAGUUUACCUGCAUUGAACAUCUCUGUCACUCACUCCCACUCCAUUUGUUGUUUUAGGUUCCUUCUGCCAGUGUAACCAAUGUGAAACACGUAUUUUGUUUAUAC